AUGGAUAUUGAAUCAGUGUAUUCUUUAGUGAUACUGUUUGACAUCCUUGUAUGGAUGUUUGCAACGCGUAUACACACCUUCAUGCAUUUUCUAGAAGAAAUGAUGGUUGUCGACAGGCGGCUAUUAAAACGUCUUAAUAGCUCGAGACUAAAAGCUGUGAGCAAGCGUAUCGAAGCUCUUCUCUUGAGGGACGACAGAAACAUUCACGGGUUCAAUCCGCCAAGAGUCCUGCGACUGAUUAUUGCAUUCUUCGUCAUCGUCGAGAAUUUGCUUGUAAUCGUAAUGCCUUGGAGCGACGAAGCUAUCUCGGCACGUUCAAUAGCGUUACAAUCUGGUCGGUUGUGCUACAUCAAUAUGCUGCCACUGUCUCUACUUGCCAUCUCGGGCAACGGCAUUCUUCCAAAUAUCCUUAAGCAGUGCCGAGAGCAGUGGCUGUGGGCUCAUUCAUUCUUUGGCUGGUUGAUCACUGUUCAAGCCGCGAUUCAUAUCGUAACAUCGCUAUGCUUGAUUUCAAGUACACCAGCGACAAGUUCAUGGACGACGGGAUCUACGGCUGGAGUACUUCUGAUAAGCGUGGCGCUUUCAUCGAAGUUGCGACGACCAAGCGCUCACCCAUUCUCCAGCACAGUCUUCCGGUGUUUCCGCUCUCAAAAACCUAAUGCGGCUCUUUCUUGGCUCGGAACCCAUUGGAUACUGAGCUCAAUCCUUUGUCUUUUAACAGUAGUCCAUGUCAUACUACGUUUAUCUUGGGUGUUGGUGUUUUUGGUAACAGCCAGUGUUAUCCUCCUAGCAUGCACAAGUUUGACUCAGCACGUUACUUCUAUCUCCACAUCUCCCAUAGAGACUAUAGAACUAACCCCUGCGCCCCCUCCGCCAGAAACACACAUACGCGUUCUAGAGGUUGAAAUUUCGUCCCCCAUGACUGCUGGUCAGUCGUUCUAUUUCAAAGUGAGCGGCAUACCCACACGUGCAGCUUGGAUAAGGAGAGACAUUGUCAGCACCACUAAGAUUCUAAAAUACACCGCGGUACUUUUUGUGCUUGUCGACCCGAAAGCCUCCAGAGAGUUGGACGUAUGCGGACCCUACAUCAUACCACUUACUCCUCCUAUUUCCACAGACAAAUCUCUUGACAUUGUUGCCCUUGAUAGCGGUGUGAUAGAGGCGUAUCAAAAUCUAGCAUGGCGUUAUAAGCUGAACAAACAAAAAGAUGACACGUCACUUGUUUGGUUUAAUGAGAACCCAGACAUGCUGAUAGCCUCGUUCAAGUAUACCGGUUUUCACGAGCAUGCCGGCAUAAAAAUAGUCUGCUAUGGUAGAAGUUACCAGUAUCUCGUCAACGAUGAACACAUCAGGAUAACCAUUGACCUCGCACGCGUCAAUGGGAAAAUGCCGAAAAGGAAGGAUAACCAAGGCCUGGUCGACACCCAAGGCCUCGUCGACACCCUGGUUGAAGCCAUGAAUUCACACAUCAUUUCGCUGUCUCAAGAUAGCAUUGAAGACGUACUCCAGGAUUUCAUUCCAUGUAGCAAAAACCUAUAUGGUAAGCUGUUUAACCCAAGUCAGAGAUUCUACAUUGAUAACUUACUAUUGUAUGCAGUGGUUGGUGAGAACCUGAGAUCUUACGGUGUACGUCCCAAACGGCUUGACUUUGAUGGAAAGCCUGAGGAAAGUCUCAGCGUAUGA